UCUGAAGAGAUGGGGAACGUGGAGAGUCCGGCGGGACCUUUCUCUGGACGGCGGCUGGCCCUCUUGGCAUGGCUUUUCCUCUGGCAAGCAUUGGCAGCUGACCAUGGGCGCUGGUGCGAGAGGCAGGUGCAAGUGACGGAGGAGGAGGUGGUGGCCCCGCGGCAGGAGGAAGCCGUGCCUUGCGCAGAGGUCUACCGCUACAACAUGGCCGGAUGGCUUCUUGACCAGGAGAGGAUGCGCCGGGUUGGCGGCAGAGCAGAGGGCCUGUGCUACGUCUACAAGCCAGAGGACACGAGGCCCACGGUGUGGAACCGGACGGUGCGCACUUGUUGCGAGGGCUGGAGUGGGCCCCACUGCUCCGAGGGGAAGGCCUCCGUGGGCCGCUGCUUCUCCACGUGGCAGUGCCAGGACGUGCCGGGGCUCCAGAACGCCUCGCUGCUCAGCCUGGAGGAGUGCUGCCGACACCUCUGGGGGCACAGCUGGCAGAACGCCUCCUCCCUCCUCUGCUUCGGCUGCUCCUCCCUCCCCCUGGAAGAGGACCUGCCCUCCCGCUCCUUGCUCCGGCCACUGGGCCCCACAGCUCUCCUGCUGCGCUCAGGGCAUCACGGGCGCCCCUUUGCCACCUGCGUGACGUGGGCCGGCUUCCACUACCGCUCCUUUGACGGCAAGCACUUCCGCUUCCACGGCACCUGCACCUACGCCUUGGCCGCUGCCUCCGACGGCACCUGGGCCAUCUAUCUCUCCUUCGGGGGCUGCCAGACCCUCCGGAUGCUCUUUGGCCUGGACCAGGUUGUGGCCGAGGGACGGAACGUCUCCAUAAACGGGGUUGCGGUGCCAGAAGGAGAAGCGCGCUUGCAGAAAGGCAUCAGUGUUUGGUGGCUGGGGGACUUUGUCUUUGUGGAGAGCGGCCUGGGCGUCCGGGUCAAGUCUGACGGGCGCCACACCGUCCACGUCACGGUUGGCGCGGACCAGAGAGGGGUCACCCGAGGUCUCUGCGGGGUCUACAAUGAUGAUCCGGCAGAUGACUUCCUGCGCCUGGGAGGGGACCUGGUGGCUUCGGCAGCUGGCUUCGGCAAUUCGUGGCGUGUCCCAGAUUCCAGCUCAAGUCCCUGUGAGGAUGCGGCAGAGGAAACACAUAGCUGCCAUGCGCCGGUGGUGGGACACACAGCUCAGCAGGAGGCGGCCUCCAUUUGCCAACAGUUGAUGACCAGCCCCUUUAGCCAAUGCCACUCGGAGGUGGACCCCAGUGGCUUCUACGACACCUGCAUGUACACCCACUGCAGCCAAUCAGGGGAAGGCGCCGUCUGCGAGACCUUUGCCAGCUAUGCCCGGGAAUGCGCCCAGCACAGCGUCUUGGUCAGCUGGAGGCGCCCUGGGUUCUGUGAGAAGCCCUGUGGUCAAGGCCAGCACUACUCGGACUGUGUCUCCUCAUGUCCCGCCAGCUGCGCAGCGGUGGGCACCGCAGAGGAGGGCCACUGCCGGGAGGAGUGCGUGAGCGGCUGCGAGUGCCCCCCGGGGCUCUACCUGGAGCAGGGCGCCUGCCUCCCCCAGAGCCAGUGCCCCUGCUUCCACCGGCGCCAGAAGUACGCCCCGGGAGAGACCCUCCAGCAGCACUGCAACCGGUGCACCUGCCGAGGUGGCCAGUGGCUGUGCUCCCAUGACCCAUGCUCCGGGGAGUGUGCCCUCCUUGGCCACUCGCACUUCCUGACCUUCGACCGGAAGCGCUACUCCUUCCAGGGGGCCUGCGAGUACAUCCUGGUGCAGGACUUUGUUGAUGGGAAACUUGAGAUCACCGCUGAAAAUGAGGCGUGUGGGAAUCUGGGACCCGUCCACUGCCUCCAGGCACUGAGAAUCACUGUGCAGAAGGUCUCUGCCCGACUGUCCUUCUCAGGGGAGAUAUUCGUGAAUGGCCAGGAGGCCACCCUCCCUUUCACAAGCUCUGAUCUGAGCAUAAGAAGGGCGUCCUCCUCCUUCCUGCUUCUCCAGACCUUUGGGGCCCACGUCCUUUGGGGCCUGGACUCCCCAGCUACCUACAUCACUCUGCAGCCAAGCUUCGCCAACAAGGUGCGAGGCCUUUGCGGCACCUACAACUGGAACCAGCAGGAUGAAUUCACCACUCCGGAGGGAGACAUCGAACCCAGCCCUGCUGCCUUCGCCCACAAGUUCCGGGUCUCUCAUGACUGCCCCUCUUCUUCUGCUUUGGUCUUUGACCCGUGUGACACCUAUGUCCAGCGGAGGAAGUUUGCAGAGGCCGCUUGCACUGCCCUCCAUGGCCCUGCCUUUCAGCCCUGCCAUGACCGGGUGGAGUGGGAGCCUUUCUACCAGCUCUGCCUUCAUGAUGUCUGUGGUUGUCCAGCUGGCAAGGAUUGUCUGUGUGGUGUCCUGGCUGCGUACGCCAUGCAAUGCGCCCAGGAAGGGGCCCCCUUGGUUUGGAGGAAUCAGAGCUUCUGCCCGGUCCAGUGCUCAGGGGGCCAAGUCCAUCAGGAAUGUGUCUCUCCCUGUCGAAAGACCUGUGCCGACCUUCGCUUGGAGGCCUCUGCUGCCUGCCGGGGCCUGGACCGGGUCUGUGUGGCCGGGUGCAACUGCCCAGAGGGGCUGGUGCUAGAUGGUGAUGGGCAGUGUGUGCAACCGGCCAUGUGCCCCUGCGUCCAUGAAGGGGAGGCGCACCCCCCUGGCAGCAAGGUCCGGAAGAGCUGCAACACCUGUGAGUGUCUGGACGGGGUCUGGAAUUGCACAGAGGAGAGUUGCCCCAAAGCCGUGGUCUGUCCCGGAGAGCUGCUGUAUGCCUUCGGCUCCUGCUUGCGGACCUGUGAAAGUCCCAAGGGCAACCUCACCUGCGACGGCUUCUCUGACGGCUGCGUUUGCCCUCCUGGCACCGUCUUCAUGAACGAGCGCUGUGUCUCCCCAGAGGAGUGCCCCUGCCAUCACAGCGGCCGACUCUACCAGUCCAACGACACCAUUGCCAAGGACUGCAACACAUGCAUUUGUCAAAAUCGGCGCUGGGAGUGCACUCAGCACCACUGUUCCGGGACCUGCGUGGCCACAGGAGACCCGCACUACAUCACCUUUGAUGGGCGCGCCUACACCUUCCUGGGGGAUUGUGAGUACAUCCUGGUGCGGGAGUCCAGCGGCGCUUUCGUGGUCACAGCCGAGAACGUUCCCUGCGGGACGAGCGGCACAACCUGCACCAAAUCGGUCGUGGUGCUCAUUGGCAACACAGUAAUCCACCUGCUCCGAGGCAAGGACGUGACCGUGAACGGGGUCUCCGUGCGUCCCCCAAAGACCUACAGUGGCAAUGGCUUGGUCCUCGAGAGAACGGGGCUCUUCCUGGCCCUCAUUUCCCAACUGGGGCUAACAGUGCUCUGGGACGGAGCCAUGCGGGUGGAGGUCCGGCUGGACCCCUCCUUCCAGGGCCGAGUGGCAGGACUCUGCGGGAACUUUGAUGGCGACACAGAGAACGACUUCACCAGCCGGCAGGGAAUUGUGGAGCCCACGGCCGACCUCUUUGGCAACUCCUGGCGCGUCAGUCUCCUCUGCCCAGAAGUCAGCAGCGAGGAUUUUGAGCACCCCUGCACGGUGAACUCCCACCGUGUGACAUGGGCCCGGAAGCGCUGCGGGGUCCUCCUCCAGGACCUCUUUGCCCCGUGUCAUGGCGAGCUCCCCUGCCAGCAGUUCUAUGACUGGUGUGUCUUUGAUGCCUGCGGGUGUGACUCUGGAGGAGACUGUGAGUGCCUUUGCACGGCCAUCGCCACCUAUGCCAAGGAGUGCACCCAACGUGGGGUGAUUGUCCGCUGGAGGAGCCAAGACCUCUGCCCCCUGCAGUGUGACAAUGGGAUGGAGUAUGACCCCUGUGGCCCGGCUUGCCCUCAGACCUGCAAGAACUAUGGCCUGGAGCCGGCCGAUCACUGUGAGACCCUUUCAUGUGUGGAAGGGUGCUUCUGUCCAGAGGGGAAGGUGCUGCAUGGAGACCGCUGCAUCGACCCCUCUGAGUGCCCCUGCUACUGGGAAGGCACUUUGUUCCCACUGGGAGCCUUGGUCAUGCAGGAGUGCAGGAACUGCUCCUGUGAGGCCGGCCUGUGGCAGUGCACUGCCCCCCUGGAGCCCUGCCCAACCCCUUCCCCUUGUGCCGAGGGUGACUUCGCCUGCCACAUGGGGGGCCGCUGCGUUCCCAGCGCCUGGGUCUGUGACAACGAGGACGACUGUGGGGACGGCUCUGACGAGUUCUGUGUCCUGAGCUGCGCCCCACACCAAUUCCAGUGCGCCAGUGGGCAGUGCGUGCCUUGGGGCUACCACUGCGAUGGCACCCCGGACUGCAUGGAUGGCUCGGAUGAGAGGGGCUGCCCACUGCCCGCCUGUGCCCAGGAGGAGUUCCGAUGCGCCAAUGGGCGUUGCAUCCCCCGCAAACACCUCUGUGACGGGGAGCUCGACUGUGGGUUUGCAGAUCAUUCAGAUGAAGAGGGCUGCGUCCCCUCCUGUGGCCCAGGUGAGCUCCGCUGUGCGGCCGGGCCUUGCCUGCCCUACUUACACCGCUGCGACGGCCACGACGACUGCGGGGACCUCAGCGAUGAGCGUGACUGCCUCUGUCCAGCCGGGGAGUUCCAGUGUCCUGAGGGGCAGUGCCUCUCCAAAGCCCUGGUCUGCAAUGGCGAGGAGGACUGCCCAGACGGGGAAGACGAAGCCUUUUGCCCAGGCCAAGUGACCUGUGCCCCUGGGCAGCUGCCUUGUCCGGACAGGACCUGCGUCAGCCUCUCCCGGGCCUGUGACGGUGUGCACGACUGCAUUGAUGGGGCUGAUGAGAAGCUCAGUCAGUGUUUGGUGAUCCAGACCACUCCGCUGGUGACCACAACCACCCCAGGCCUUCUUUCGACUCACCCGGCACCUGCCAGUAGGACCCUUGCCCCUCCCUGCGGACGCUACGAGUUCCUCUGCCAGAGCGGGGAGUGCCAGCCGCGGGGCUGGGUCUGCGACAACGAAGCUGACUGCUUGGACGGCAGCGAUGAGCUGUACUGCAACCGCACCUGUGGCUUGGACCAGUUUCCGUGCACCUUCGGGGACGAAUGCAUCCCCUACACCCACCUCUGCGACGGGCGGCCCCACUGCCAGGACCAAUCAGAUGAGAGCAUCGACACCUGCGGUUCCACUCAGAUCCCUCCCUGCCCAGGGUUCUUCAUUUGCAACAACCGCAUGUGCAUCAAUGUCUCCCGGGUUUGCGAUGGGUCCCCAGACUGUGCCCAGGGAGAAGAUGAACUGGCCUGCGAAAGCCAAAGGCCUCCUCCUGGGAAAAGGAACCAGACUGCCGGGCCUUGCAAGGAAUAUUCCUGUGGGGACGGUGCCUGUAUCACCUUCAAACAGGUGUGCAAUGGUCUGGCCGACUGCGCGGAUGGCACCGAGGCCUCCGGAUGGCUCCCGUCAGACGAAAGGGACUGUGGCCUCUGGGCUCCCUGGGCCGCCUGGAGCGCCUGCAGCCAGUCGUGCGGGACGGGCCUCCAAGUCCGACGGAGGAGCUGCACCCGGAGAGCAGACGACGUCCUGCGCCACUGCCUGGGGGAGGAGACGCAGGCGCAGCAGUGCUUUGCGGUGGCCUGCCCAGUUGACGGCCGCUGGAGCGAAUGGACAACAUGGUCCAACUACACCCAGGACUGCCGUGGUGUGGUGGUCCGGCGCCGGGAGUGCCUGCCCUCCCAGAACGGAGGUCUCCAUUGCACUGAGACACCAGACGCAUCAGCCACUUCGCUAGAGAUCCAGCUGUGCCAGCAGGAAGACUGCCUCAACGCCUCCACUUGCCCCGGGGAACUGGUCAGCCGGAAGUGUGCCCCCUGCCCCACAUCAUGCACCGAGCUCUCCAGCCGCACCAGGUGCAGAAAGGACAGGCCCUGCAGGCCAGGCUGCUGGUGUCCCGAGGGGCUGGUCUUGAAUGCAGAGCAGCAGUGCGUUCGCCCGAGGGAGUGUCCGUGCCAGGUGGAGGGGGUCCGCUACUGGCCCGGCCAGCUGGUCAAGGUCAACUGCCGGAUCUGCACCUGCCAGGAGGGGCAGAUGAAGCGCUGCCGGCAGAACCCUGAGUGCACAGUGAAUUGCGGCUGGUCCUCCUGGUCUCACUGGGGGGACUGCCUGGGCCCCUGUGGGGUGCAGAGCAUCCAGUGGUCUUUCCGCAGCCCCAACAACCCCAGCAAACACGGGAACGGGCGCCAAUGCCGCGGCAUCUACCGCAAGGCUCGGAGGUGCCAGACGGAGCCGUGUGAGGAGUGUGAGCACCAUGGCCGGGCCCAUGCCAUGGGCGACCGCUGGCGCUCAGGGCAAUGCCAGGUGUGCCAAUGCCUCCCCAACCGGACGGUGCAGUGCUCCCAGUACUGCCCUUACAGCACAGUUCCCUGCCCCGAGGGCCGGGUCCUGGUGGAGGGCUGGGGCGACAACUGCUGCUUCUGCAGGGAAGCCGAUGAGGACAGGACGGUCGCUCCUACUGCAGUCGGACCCUCGCGACCCUCUGGGGUCAGUCCUACGGCCACCUCCACCACAGCCCGCCUUAGCACCUUCCCUCUGCCCCCGAUGGGAGACCUCUGCUACAGCCCCCUGGGCAUUGCCUCCCUGCCGGAUGCCAGCUUCAGCGCCUCCUCGGAGCAGCCGGAGAACCCAGCUCAUGCCGCGCGACUCAACGGCGUCCUGCCCAACUCCGACUUGCAGGGAUGGGGUCCGCGGGCAGAGGCCUAUCCCGAGCUCCUCUCCCGACCACCCUUCCUGGAGGUGGACCUAGGGGAGCCCCGGAACCUGACGGGGGUGGUGACGCAGGGGGCAGGGUCCUCGGACGCCUUUGUCUCCAGCUUCUUCCUGCAGUUCAGCCUGGACGGCGUGGGGUGGCAUGACUACCAGGAAGCCUCCUCCACAGGCACCACACCUGAGCCAAAGCUCUUCCAGGGGAAUUUGGAUGACUCGACCCCGGUGGUGCGAACCUUCCAUCACAUGGUGCAAGCCCAGCGCAUCCGCCUCUUUCCCCGUGACUUCCACAACGGGAUCUUCUUACGCAUGGAGUUGCUGGGCUGCGGGAAAGUGUCCCCCGAGCGCCCUGAAGCCCCAGUAUCUCCCCCGGGAUGGAGGACUUGCCGGAGCCGGGAAUUCCAGUGCCAGAAUGGGCGAUGUGUCCCAGCUGGCCCCAAUGGCACUAUCUGCAAUGGGGUGGACGACUGCGGGGACCUCUCUGACGAGUGGCGCUGUGGCCUGGCCCCCUCCCCAGGGCCCUCCAUUGCCCCCAGCGGCUGCUUGCCCUCCCAGUUCCCCUGCGCCUUUUCUGGCUUCUGCAUUGAAGCAUCCCAGAGGUGCGAUGGAGCUGCCGACUGCCCCUCUGCCUCCGAUGAAGCCGGCUGCCCCGUCCCUCCAACUGGAACCCCCCGCCCCUGGACCUCAGUGGAGCCUUCAGAGCAUCCCUUGAGCCAGGUGACCUCAAGCAGAUGGCCAUUUCCUGAGGACUUCAGCCCCACCCCACCAGGUCUGUGCCAUGAGCCCCUCGGCCUAGAAGAUGGCCGUCUUCAUCACCAACAGUUGAGCGCCUCUUCCUUCCAGGAUGGAAACCCACCAGAGGCUGGGCGCCUCAAUGUUGGGCUCAAUGCAAAGCAGAACCUGGAGCCUGGAUGGAGUCCUCAUGCAUCAGACCCGGAGCCCUUCUUCCAGGUGGACUUCCUCCGGCCCACCUUCGUCACUGCGGUCGUCACCCAGGGCUCCCCCCAGGGAUAUGUCUCCCGCUUCCGCUUGGCCUACAGCUACGAUGGCCUCCACUUCCGGAGCUAUGCCAGGGCUGGCUUUGGCCAGGCAGAGUCCUCCCAGGAGCAGAUCCUGGAGGGCAACUCUGACAGUUCCUCUCUAGUCCGGCAGGACCUGAGCCCAGCCAUCUUGACCCGCUUCCUGCGUCUCAUCCCCUCAAAGUACCAGGGGAGCAUUUCCUUGCGCAUGGAAGUCCUUGGCUGCCCUUGGACAGCCAUGCCGAUUUCCCCUGUCACCAGCCAAGUGCCAGAACCAGCCCGUCAUUCGGGGACUGCCUCUCUGCCUCUAAGACACACAGAGAUACCAGAGCCAUGGAGCCCCAGAGCACCAACCGGGAGGCCAAGGAUAACUCCAGCUUUUGGGAUGGAGACCUCGGGACCCCAGGAGACGACCCUCCCUUCUGCUGUCCCUCCAGGGACUCAGGGCUUCUUCUGGGGCUCUGAGCCAAGCACAGUGGGGGGCCCUGCGCGCCACACUUUCCCUUUCCAUCCAGGAACAACAGGACCAACCCCGACCUCCAUCCCUGGCCUUCCUAGAAUCCUUUGCACUCAGGGGCAGUUUUCCUGCGAGGUCUUUGGCUGUGUAGAGGCUGCCUUUGUCUGCGAUGAGCAAGAAGACUGUUUGGAUGGAUCGGAUGAGAUGCAUUGUGGGGGUCCAACGGCAUCCCCCCUCCCCACCGCGGCCCCACUCUUCCCAAUGGGCCCCCCCAGCCCCUGCUCCCCCAAGCAGUUCACUUGUCGCAGCGGGGAGUGCCUGGCGCUGGAGCGGCGGUGCGACCUUCAGCACGACUGUCUGGAUGGGUCUGAUGAGGCCAACUGUGUGGAUUGCCUCCUGUCUCCCUGGAACUCUUGGAGCGAAUGCAGCCGGUCGUGCGGCCUGGGGGUGACCUUCCGCCGGAGGGAUUUGCUGCGCAACGCCCUUCCUGGGGGCCAGUGCGACCGGGAUGAAUUCGACAGCCGCUCGUGUUUCCUCCGGGCCUGCCCAGUGAAUGGCGGCUGGGCCUCCUGGGGCGAAUGGUCCAACUGCGAUGCCGAGUGCCGGGGAGGAGUGAGGAGUCGCACCAGGGCCUGCGCUGACCCUCCACCCAAGAACGGGGGGCAGCCCUGUCCGGGGGACACCCUGCAGAUGGAGAGCUGCAACCAGCAGCCCUGCGGAGACGCCCGUGACUGUGGCCCGGACAUGGUCUUUGUGCAAGUGGGGCACUGCAUGCGGGGCCUGGUGGGGCCCUGUCCACAGACCUGCCAGCAGCUGGGCGCCACCGCUUCCCCCUGUCACAGCAGCUGCGUGGAAGGCUGCCGCUGCCCCCCGGGGCUGUUCCUGCAGGACGGAGGCUGCGUGAAUGUCAGCCAGUGCCAUUGCUUCUUUGACCGCGAGCGGCGGCUCCCCGGAGAAAUGUUCCUGAGGGACAACUGCAGCCAGUGUGUCUGCCUGGAGGGUGUGGUGUCCUGUGACUCCAUGGCCUGUCCCCUCAAUUGUGGAUGGUCUGCCUGGUCUCCGUGGACCCCCUGCGGUCGGAGCUGUGGGAUCGGGAUGCAGCAGAGAUUUCGGUCCCCCUCCAACCCGGCAGCUGCCAAUGGGGGAGCCCCGUGCCAAGGGGAUGCCCAGGAGGUGCGCGAAUGUCACACCGCCUGCAUCUCAGAGGUUGCGUUACUCUGGACCGCCUGGACCGCCUGGUCUCCCUGCUCCAAGACCUGCUUCUACGCCCCGGACACAGUGGGAGUGAGAAAGCGGUUCCGGCACUGCAAUGGCACCGCGGAGGCUGACUCCGGGUGCGACGGGGAGACCGUGCAGGAGGAGCCCUGCGACACCCCUCCGUGCCCAGUGGAAGGUGUCUGGACCCCCUGGACGGCCUGGUCCGCCUGUUCAACCCCGUGCGACUCGGGAGUCCAGACCCGCAACCGCUCCUGCUCCAACCCUGCCUACGGGGGACCGGGGUGUGCGGGGCCCCUCGUCCAGACCAGGGACUGCAACACCCAGCCCUGCAAAGCCCGCUGCCCGGGGAACAUGGUCUUUGUGUCGGCGGAGGAGUGCCGGCGGAGGGGAGGGGCCUGCCCGCGCCUGUGCCUGGACCGGGGUCCCCGCGUGGAGUGCGCCUCUUCCUGCCGCGAGGGCUGCUCCUGCCCAGAGGGGCUCUUCCUCCACAAUGAGACCUGCCUGCCCCCCGGACUCUGCCCCUGCCUCCACCAAGGGGACCUCCUCCCACCGGGCAGCACCCUCCCACUGGACGCCUGCAACAACUGCACCUGUGUAGAUGGCAAGAUGGAAUGCACCUCACAUCCCUGCCCAGUCAGCUGUGGCUGGAGCACAUGGACCUCCUGGAGCUCCUGCAGCCGUAGCUGCAAUGUGGGCACCCGGCGUCGCUUCCGCUCAAGCUCCGACCCACCUGCCUCCGCCGGGGGACAGCCCUGCCAGGGAUCCAACGUGGAGAUCGAGUUCUGCAGCCUCCAGCCGUGCCAAGGACUGGGUGCGGAAUGGGGCCCUUGGUCGGAGUGCUCCGUGCCGUGUGGGGGUGGCUACCAGAACCGGACGAAGGCCAGCCCCAGCAUCCUGCACAGGAUCCAGUUUGCCACCUGCAACCUUCAGCCCUGCGCAGGUGAGGCUCCAGGCAUCUGCCCAGAGGGGAAGGCGUGGAAGGAGUGUGCCGAGGGACCUGCCUCCUGUGCAGAGCUCAGCUCCGAGGGUGCUGGUGCCACAAACGGAUCCUGCCGUGCCGGCUGCUACUGCCCCAAUAGCACUGUCCUGAUGAACAAUCUCUGCGUGCCAAAAGAGGAGUGUCCAUGUGCCAUAGAUGGGAUGCUCUACGCUCCAGGAGAUGUAGUACCCAAGGGCUGCGAGAAAUGCUCCUGCCUCUCUGGCCAGUUGGGCAACUGCUCCCGGACUGACUGCGGAGAUGUCAAUGGCUACUGGUCAGAAUGGACCCCCUGGAGCGAGUGCUCGGCUUCCUGUGGUUUGGGGCUCCAGAACCGGUACCACUUCUGCACGGACCCGGCCCCUUCCGGCAUGGGGCUGCCCUGCUUGGGGCCCGACCGGGAGGACAGGCCCUGCCUCCUCCAGACCUGUGCCAGGAGUGGAGGCUGGGGGUCAUGGGGCCAAUGGACACCCUGCACGGUCAGCUGUGGGGGUGGCAUGCGGAGCCGGACCAGGGCCUGCGACAGUCCGGCCCCGCAGGGAGGAGGCGACUACUGCGAGGGACCUCCCACCCAGCUGGAAGCCUGCGGCUUGAACCCUUGUCCAGGUCUGGACUGCUCCGCCGUGGAAGGCACCGUCUUCAGCGGCUGUGGCCCUCCUUGCCCCCGAUCCUGCGACGACAUGGCGCAUUGUCUGUGGGCCUGCGAACCCGGCUGUUACUGCACCAGAGGAAAAGUGCUGGGUGCGAAUGGCACAUCCUGUGUGGAGAAGUCCAGCUGCCCUUGCCUGGACCUCCUCUCCGGCCGCCGGUUCCUACCAGGAGAGACUGUCCCUCACCCCGAUGGAUGCAACACCUGCACCUGUUCUCAUGGGAAGCUGUCCUGCACCACCCAGGCCUGCCCAGUUCCAGGCAGCUGGUGCGAGUGGGUCCCAUGGAGCCCCUGCUCCCGAACCUGUGGCAAUGAGAUGGUGACCCGCUACCGGACAUGCAGCUGCCCCAAGCCACAACAUAGAGGGGCCGAGUGCGAAGGGGCACAGGAGUAUCACGGCGACAGCGGGGUGCAGCUUCAGAGGAAGGAGUGUCCCACCGCCACCUUCUGCCCAGUGGACGGGUCCUGGAGCACGUGGGGUCCGUGGUCCCCUUGCGAGGCCUGUGCCGGGGGGUCUGUGCGCAGCAGGGAAUGCAGCCACCCUCCUGCCCGCUUCGGGGGGCUGCCGUGUGCCGGGGAGGGCCGCCAGAGCCUCCCGUGCCCCCACAACGGGACCACCGCCUGCGAAGAGUGUGGGGGCGGCCAGGUGCCCCUCCCCUGCGGCAAGGCCUGCCCCCGCUCCUGCGAGGACCUGCGCCCGGACUCCGCCUGCCUGGAGGGUCCGCACUGCCAGCCCGCCUGCACCUGCCCCCCGGGAGAGCUGCUCCAGGACAAGGCCUGCCUGGCUCCUGACCAGUGCCGCUGCAAGUACCAGAAGGCCUGGCUGGGGGCCCCUGAAGAAAGGAACCUCUCUCUCUGGGCAGGAUUGGAUCCUUGGGAGUCCGCACAGCCCGGCGAAGUUGUGUCUGGGCCCUGCCAGAACUGCACCUGUGUGUCCGGCCACCUGCAAUGCCACACUGACCCCUCGUGCCGUUUGGACGGCGGCUGGAGCCCCUGGGGGGCCUGGUCUCCUUGCACCCGGAGCUGUGGGGAGGGGGCCCAGCUCCGCUUCCGGGAGUGCAGCAGCCCACCCCCACAGAACAGGGGCCGGGGCUGUCUGGGCGGCACAGAGCAGCGGAGGCCCUGCCGACACCAAGAAGACUGUCCAGAGGAGGAGGAGGAGGAGGCUUGGGGGGCUUGGUCCCCGUGGGGCCCCUGCAGCGUCUCGUGCGGCGGAGGAGAGCAGGUGCGCUACCACAGGUGCCACCGCCCCCCAUGUCCAGGCCCAGCCGCCCCCCAGAGCAAGACCUGCAACACCCACGUCUGCCUCGAGGUGGGCUGCCCGGUGGGGCGCUUGUACCGGGAGUGCCUGAAGGAGGAGGGAUGUCCCUACAGCUGCGCUCACCUGGCCGGGCGCAUGGACUGCUUCUCGGACGGCUGUGAAGAGGGAUGCCACUGCCCAGUGGGCUCCUACCAGCACCGAGGGGCCUGCGUCGAGGAGUGUCCCUGCAUCCUCAGUGAGGAGGCCAUGAGGAUGCUCCGCAACCACUCUGUGGACCACCCUCCGGCCAUCCUAGAUGCCGAGGGCCGGACACUCUCCCCGGGGGACGAGGUGGCCCCCAACAGCACCCUCCAUGCCGCCUGCAGUAACUGCUCCUGCCUCAACGGGCGCUUGGAGUGCGACUUUGCCUUCUGCCCGGUGGAUGGGGGCUUCUCCCCCUGGAGCCCUUGGGGCCCCUGUUCCCUGACCUGCGGGGGCCUGGGGAACAUGACCAGGCACCGCGACUGCUCCCAGCCCAUUCCGGCCAAUGGGGGCAAGGACUGCCUUGGCCCUCGGACGGACAUCAAGUACUGCCAGGCGCUGGACUGCGAAGCCCUGGCCGGACCCACCAAAGAGCCUAUUUCUGUCCUCCCAGGCCCCGAUGGGGAUGGCUUCGCCCCCUGGUCGCCCUGGACCCCCUGCUCCAAAACCUGCACUGACCCGGAGCUGCCGGCCCUCAAAACCCGCCUGCGCCUUUGCCUGGGAGAGGCCAACUGCACAGGGGAGGCCUUUCAGGAGCGGGAAUGCAACCUGCCCCAGUGCGCAGAGGCCCCUCUCUGCCGGGGGGAGGACUGUGUGGGCCUCAACUGCACCUGGACCCCCUGGGCCCCCUGGAGCGCCUGCUCUCGCACGUGCGGAGUGGGGCAGCAGCGGCGCCUGCGCACCUACCACCCUCCGGGGCAUGAAGGCCACUGGUGCGAGGGGAUCUUGACCGCCAAUAUGGAGCGCCGCUUCUGCAACCUCCAGGCCUGCAAAGUGGACGGGGCCUGGUCUAAGUGGAGCCCCUGGUCCUGGUGUGACCGCCUCUGUGGCGGGGGGCACUCCUCUCGUACCCGGAGCUGCACCAGCCCCCCUCCCAAGAACGGGGGGCUCCCCUGCCCCGGAGAGAGGCACCGCGUCCGCCUCUGCAACGCCCGGCCUUGCGAGGAGGGUUGUCCGCCCCCCUUGCGCCUGGUGGACUGUGCCAACGCUUGCCCUCGCCAUUGCUGGGACCUGCAGGAGGGCAUCGAGUGCCAAGACGCCGAGGCCUGUGAGCCCGGAUGCCGCUGCCCAAACGGGACCCUGGAGCAAGAUGGCGCCUGCGUCCCCCCUUCCCACUGUGAGUGCGUGGACGCCCAGGGCCACAGCUGGGCCCCCGGGAGCCUCCACGACGACGGCUGCAAGAACUGCUCCUGCCUGGACGGGAGGCUCCUCUGCACCAACCACACCUGCCCCCCCAGCGGAUGCGCCUGGAGCCUCUGGUCCGGAUGGGCCCCCUGCAGCCUCACCUGUGGGGAGGGGGGGCUGCGCACCCGGUUCAGGACCCCCACCUCCGGCUCAUGGGCCCCAGAAUGCCUCAAGGAGCAGCUGCAGACCCGGCCUUGCUCCCCGGGCCCCUGCCUGCCUCUGUGUCUCCAUGAAGGCCAGGAAAUGCCGCUGGGCAGCACCUGGCUCCUGGGGGAGUGCCAACAAUGCAUUUGCACCCCAGAAGGCAUCUACUGCUUGGACAUCGCAUGUGCAGUGAAUGGUGCCUGGACACCAUGGUCCCCGUGGUCCGACUGCCCCGUCUCCUGUGGACGCAGCACCCAGGUCCGCACCCGGGCCUGCAUCAACCCUCCACCGCGCAACAACGGCUUGCCCUGCGCUGGUCCUGAAGCAGAGACCCAGAACUGCUCCGGUGUGGCCUGUCCAGGAGAGGAGCCCUGCCCCUGGUCCUCAUGGGGUCCCUGUUCCAGAUCCUGUGGAACCGGCCUGGCCUCCCGUUCGGGGCUCUGCGGCUGCCCAUCAGAGGAUAAUGCCGGAGAAGGAGCACCCUGCGAUCUCAGCCCCCGGCAGCAGGUGGCAGCGUGCUACCGCCAGCCUUGCAGAGAAUGCCCCUGGAGCCCUUGGACACCUUGGACUCGAUGUUCCUGCAGCUUCCUGGUGCAACAGCGAUACCGGAACCAGCGUGGCUCUGGGGCGAACGGGGAGCCCUGCAUGGGGCUGGAUGGACAGUUCCGGAUGUGCGACUAUUCCCAGUGCUCAGAAUCCAGCUGCGAGCCCCCUUUUGAGUUCCAGUCAUGCGGCUCCCCCUGCGACGGCCAUUGCUCCACCCGGCGGCACCCAGAGCUGUGCCAGGACAUCCCCCGCUGCCUCCCUGGGUGCUAUUGCCCACCGGGCCAGGUGGAGCAGAAUGGGGCCUGCGUCCCUCCCUCCCUUUGCAGCUGCAUUCACCUGAGCCAGUCAGGAACCCCUGUCUAUCUGGUGGCCGGAGACUCCAUCCAGAUUGGCUGCAAGGAAUGCAUUUGCCAGCAGGGAGAGCUCACGUGCAGCAGCGAUGGCUGCCAAGGGCAGCUUCCGCUGAGCGCCUGGUCAGAGUGGACGCCCUGCUCGGCCUGCCUGCCCCUUCCAACCCUGGGUCCCUGGGCAGCCUCCGUCCUCCUGUCCCAGCAGCAGCAGCCCUGGCACCCAGGAGAGCCCUCUGCCCACCCGGUGCUGGUCUCCCUCCAGCACCGCUUCCGCCUCUGCCUGGACCCCCAGACCGGGCACUUCUGGGAGGGGCCAGAAAGCAUGUGUUCAGCCGCAUUGGACCAGGAGCGCCUCUGCCCCGACCCCCAUGCCUGUGAAGGUCUCUGCCUGUGGGGCCAGUGGGGCCCCUGGAGCCCCUGCCGUGAGCCCUGCAGCGGGGGCUUCCGGGUGCGUUGGCGCUCUGCCCACCAUCCAAAGGAUGAACUUCGUUGCCGAGGCACACGGUCCCAGACUCAGAGCUGCAACACCGCUGCCUGCCCAGGGGAGGAGUGUGAAGAUCGGGGCAAAGUCUACUCCCGCACCUGCGCCAACGGCUGCCCACGGACCUGUGUGGACCUCUGGGAACACGUUGAGUGCCUCCAAGGGGAGUGCAAGCAAGGAUGCCGGUGUCCGGAGGGGCAACUCCUACAAGAUGGAAGAUGCACCCCAAUCCCAGCUUGUCGCUGUGGACUCCCCACAGCCAACAGCACCCUGGAGCUUCUGCCGGGGGAGUCAGCGGAACUGGAUUGCCAUAACUGCACCUGUGUCAAUGGCACCUUCAUGUGUCCGGACCAGGAGUGUCCAUCCUACGGAGAGUGGUCAGCGUGGGCUCCCUGCUCGGCCAGCUGCGGAGGGGGACACACCUUGCGCCACCGUCCGUGUCACGAGGCGCCUGGAGGGGCCCCCUGUGUGGCCGACACCAUGGAGGAGGCCGUGUCCUGCAACCCACAGCCCUGCCCCACCGACUGCUUGCUGGGCGAGUGGUCACCCUGGAGCCCCUGCAGCGCCAGCUGUGGAGGAGGCGCCUCUGAGAGGAGCAGGGUCCUGCUGAACCCUCCACUAGGUGAGGAGGAAGAUGAAGAGGUGUUGUGUCCAGCCCCACUGCAGCAGCACCGGGUGUGCAACCCUCAGAACUGCACCCCAGAAUGUCCAGAUGACCAGGUCUACAGCCCCUGUGCCAAUGCCUGCCCGCAAAGGUGCUCCGACCUCCGCCCUCAAACCCAGUGCCUGCAGGAGGAGUGCCAGCCAGGAUGCGCCUGCCCCUCUGGACAGGUGCUGCAGGUGGGGGCAUGCAUCCCCCUGGAAGAGUGCCCGUGCUCCCUCGGCCCGGCCCCUUCCUUGCCCUGGGCCAUCAACCUGACCCAAGAGGAGCGGGACCAGGAACACCUGCCCGGAAGCAUCCUUCGGCAUCAGUGCAACAGCUGCGUCUGCCAGAAGGGAGUCUUCAGCUGCACCCAGGAGGACUGUGAUGUGCCAUGCAUCUGGUCUGAAUGGUCCCCCUGGUCCCCCUGCUCUGUGACCUGUGGAUCUGGGGAGCAAGCUUCACGGCGUCUCCGGCUCCAGCAGCGCCUCUAUGGGGGUCCCGAGUGCAAAGGGCCAUCGGAGCGUUGGGCCCCCUGUUCCCUGCCAGACUGUGGUGAGAGAAUGCGUUCCAACCUUCUCUUCUCCAAUCUAAGCUUAGCUAACUACCCCAGCCACAGGGACGAUUCAGUAUUUGCAUUGAUCCUGGGAGGCUGGCUGACCUGUAGUCCUGGCAGGAUGGAGCGACAGCACCCCCCUGCGGCUGGAAUCAAGCACACCCUCCAGGAUGCCGAACCACCUUUCUCUCCCGCUGCCACCCUUAGAGGCAGAUGGAGAGACAAUGGGAAGCCCUCUGCCCCUCACCGUGGCAUUUUGGGAGAGCGGUCUCAGCAGCCUGGCAGGGUCAGGCUUUCUGACCAGGCUGAUGCUCUCCAUCUCUUUCUCCUGGGUACAGCCUGCCCAGUCGGGGAAACCUGGCUCCGGUUGGGCCACGGGGGCCCCUGUGAGCGAAGCUGCCUCCAGAUCUACCAGGAUCCCCCCCAGAAUUGCAGCCGAGGGGCCGCAGAGGGGUGCGUGUGCCAGCCGGGGCUCUACCGGAACAGCAGUGGGCGGUGCGUUGUGGCUGCGCUCUGCGAGUGUGAACACAAAGGCCGGACAUACAGGGCUGGUGCCCAAUGGCAAGAUGGCUGUGAAACCUGCCACUGCUUGAACGGGAGGGCCGAGUGCGAGGACGGCUGCCCACCACUCACCUGCCUUGAGGGAGAAGCCAAGGUCCAGGAGGAAGGCAGCUGCUGCCCGGUCUGCAGGAAGAAGGAAGCGCCAGAAGAGCCACAGUCUCACUGCCAGCACAUCACAGAGCUGCGCAACAUCACCAAGGGGUCCUGCUUCCUGGCCGAUGUGGCCGUGAGCUUCUGCAGCGGGUGGUGCGCCUCCCACACCAACGUCAUCCCAGAGGAACCGUACCUGCAGACUUCGUGUGAGUGCUGCAGCUACCGCCUGGACCCAGUCAGCCCCGUGCGCAUCCUGAACCUGCAAUGCCAAGGCGGAGAGACGGAGCCCGUGGUCCUCCCCGUCAUCCGCGCCUGCGAGUGCAGCAGCUGCCAAGGUGGGGACUUCACCAAGCGCUGAGGACGGCGGCCCUGCGAGGCGGGCAGCCUGGACAUCUCCCUCCACUUUGCCUCACUUCAUGCCAGAGAGAGACCCCCGGGCAUCGCACCACAGCUCAGUUCAGCCUCCCCUUUCUCACAAACUCAAUAAAAUCACCCACCAGCAGCAAGA